AUGAUAUUUGGAAAACAUAAAUUGAGACUCCUGUUAUAUGGACCUACUAAUGAUCCUCCAAUAAGUAAUGACUUGUUUGUAAUCAAUACUGUUGAUGAUUAUGUGUACGAGGAUACCGCAAAUAUGCUCUAUGACACCACCCACGAUUUGGAGAAACCUUUACCUUGUCACAGGUUAAUAGAGUUGAAUGAGAUCGCGUGUCAACAAGUGAAGAGAAAAUUAUGGACCAUGAAACAUGAUGGCAUGCUUUCCUACAAAUCAAACAUGAAGAUGUUUCAUGAUACCAAACAUCAAUUCAAGAAGUCCAUUAAUAAAAGUUAUGCUUGGCUGUUCAAAUCAAGGUUUAAGCGUCAUCGUGGAAAGAUUAAACGCAAAAUAGUUGAUUUACACAAGGCCAAAAAAGGCUUGCCACAUGAUUUGGUUCCUCAAAGUAAGGUGAGCAACCUCAUGGUUGGCUUUCAAGGAAGUCAACGAACAUAUGAUCCUCCAUAG